AUGGCAAGAGUUGGCGAAAGGGUCGUGAGGAUUGCUAUCUUCACUGUUGUGGUCAUUGCGGUGUUCACGUUCAUGACAAAGUCCUCGGGCGUUGUCUACCAAGGAUCAUCUGCCGAUAAAACAGACGUUGGUGAUGUCAGAGGAAACGGGCAACAACAGCAGCAGCAACAACAGCAACAGCAACAACAGCAACAGCAACAACAAUCGAAACCAUCUUCCUCUUCUCAGUCUAGUACCGGAAUCACGAUCAACGGAGUGACAAAGGAUCCACUCACUGGAAGAAUCAGUGGAUACGAACGUCAAAAUGCUACGUUUGUAUCUUUAGCAAGAAACGACGACUUGUGGUCCCUUGCUGGAUCUAUCAGGGCUGCUGAGGACCGUUUCAACGGUAAGUAUGGGUACGAUUGGGUCUUCCUCAACGAUGAGCCUUUCACCGAAGAGUUCAAGAGAGUUAUGACGCGUCUUGUUAGUGGUGAAGCCAAGUUCGGUGUGAUCCCUAAGGAGCAUUGGUCUUACCCUGCUUGGAUUGACCAGAAUAAGGCCGCUGAGACACGUGAAAAGAUGAAAGACAUCAUUUACGGUUCCUCUGAAAGUUAUAGACACAUGUGUCGUUUCGAGUCUGGUUUCUUCUUUAAGCACCCACUGAUGUUGGACUACCAAUACUACUGGCGUGUUGAACCUGAUAUCAAAUUCCACUGUGACAUUAACUUUGAUAUCUUCAAAUUCAUGGUUGAUAACAAGAAGGACUAUGGUUUCACCAUCACAAUCCACGAGUUCCAAUCCACAAUUCCUACUCUUUGGGAAACCACCAAGGCCUUCAUCAAGGAGAAUCCAGAAGUUGUCGAUCCAGAUAACUUGAUGUCAUUUGUGUCCGAUGAUAACGGUAAAACGUAUAAUCUUUGCCAUUUCUGGUCCAAUUUCGAAAUUGCCAACAUGGACAUUUGGAGAGGCGAGGCUUAUCAGAAGUACUUUGAAUACCUGGACCACAAUGGUGGCUUCUUUUACGAACGUUGGGGUGAUGCGCCAGUCCACUCCAUCGCUGCGUCCAUCUUCCUUCCAAAGGACAGACUGCACCAUUUCGGUGAUCUCGGUUACUUCCAUGGCCCAUACCAUCAAUGUCCUAUCGACGACAGUGUCAGAGAGAGAAACAACUGUGUUUGUAAGCCUGACGAGGACUUUACAUGGAAGGGCUAUUCUUGUACGUCCAAAUUCUACGAGGUGUUUGGAUUGCAAAAGCCUGUUGGGUGGGAAAAGCAUACCGGUUAGACUAUAUAUGUGUAUCGCUCAACUAACGCCACUACAUUUAGUUUUUAGUCAAAGACCUGUGUACAUGUGUAGAACCUCAAUAUUCGCUGUCCAGGACUCUGGCAUUUACUGCUAUAGCCAAUAACACGGGGAUACUACGGUCUCGCUCACAGAAUCUCAGUUGACUAACUCUUCAAACCUACUGUAUUACUCUAAGACUUCAUUCAAUCGGUAUCUCA